CUGUGUUUAUGGGAGCUAGCCGCAGCGCAUUGGCGUUCAUAUAUGACAGUCAAAAGGGCCAUAAACGCGGGGACAGAGGCUGAAGUUUAUGGUUGCCUCUCUCUGCCAUAGUCGGGCCUUGCCUUGCGCAUCCUUUACUGCGCGCUGGAAUUCCGUCCCUAAUUACGGGACAUCCUCCCCGUUGCCGCAGCAACGCGGCCAUAAAAGCUGUCUGAGAGUCUGGAGCAUUUGUACAAUUGGAGUGCAGUGCAAUAAACCGUCUGAGACCCAAGGUUAUUAACUGUGUUACCAAGGAGGCGACAGCAACGACAGGGAGCGGACGGAGAGGUAAAGCCUCUGCUCGCUGGCUGCAUCGACUGCAUUUCAGAAGCUUUUCCCCCUCGUGUGGUUUAUCCAGCUCGUAUCAGUUUAGUGGCAAUGGCUGCACACUGGAUUUGAGUGUCUUACCACCGGGCGGCGCUAUUGGGACCAAUGUCAUGGCCUUGGAUCUUUCGGUCUCUCAAGCCCACUUCAAAUACACGCAGUGUUAAUCCCACUCUGCAGUCCUGCGCCGUAAUGAAAGCCACGUCUGCGCUGAUUGGACGAGAGCGAGCGGGCCGGAGUCACAUGGCAAAUCUACGGCGGGUGGUUCCCCGUUCCCAAAUGCAGAUCGAGCGUCCUGCAGCAUUGGACCCGGUGGAAACAGCCAUGGCUCCUCUCGGACUGCAGCGGCCGUCGCGUUUGCAUCGUCCCUCUCUGGAGUUUACGGCGUCAACAAUGUGGUGUACCAAAGCCACCCUGUGUUCACCUCGGGCUACGGCCAGCGGCAGGACGCACACACUCUGCACCGCAGCCCGUUUGACCAGAGCCGCCUGUUCGGCGACAGCUGCUGUCAUCCGGUGCCGGCGCCCCUCACCUCGCCGCCGGACAAACAGCACCGGCUGUACCCCUGGAUGCGAGCAUCAGUUCUCGACUUCCGCAGAGCCAAAUCGAAAGCGGGGGCGGCAGACCUACUCCCGGUACCAGACCCUGGAGCUGGAGAAGGAGUUCCACUUCAACCGGUACCUGACCCGCAGGAGGAGGGUGGAGAUCUCCCACGCCCUGUGCCUCACCGAGAGACAGAUCAAAAUCUGGUUUCAGAACCGCAGGAUGAAGUGGAAGAAAGACCACAAGGACGAAUCGGAGUCGAAUCCCGGAGAAAAGCCCGGCGAUGCUCCGGUGGUGUCCGAGGCCGAGGAGCCCGAAACUGGAGACAGUCGGAGCGCGGAGUCAGAAACGGCUGCAAAGUAACGAAAGAGACGGACAGAGAAUUAAAAAGAAAGAAAAAACAGUAUGUUUGGGAUACGUCUUUUCCUCACAUACCACUCUUGUGUUCUACUUUCUGGCUGAUUAACUGAAUGACAGCUGGAAAGCAGAAUUUGAAAGCAGACUUCAAAUCUGCUUUUAAUAUUUAAACCCCAAAAUGUGUUUUUAAAAGGCUCCUAUGAAAGAGCGGUGUUAACUACCUAUCUAAACUAGCCUGUAUUUUUAUAUAUGCAUCAUGUAAUGAUUGUACUACUGGGUCAACAUUCCUUUAACGAAACACUACCUAAUAGUUACCUUCUGUUAUUUAAAUACUGACACAAGAAAUUAAAGCUGAAAUUGAUUGAAAAUGUCUGGAAAAAAACCCUAUUUUCCCCAUGGAAGAAAUACAACUUUGUGCGCAAAUGUGCCUUAGUAUGGGUCGACUGAUUCAAAUUCAACGUGUAGUUGCUUUGAUAAAAUUACUGAUAUGGGUGCUAUAAUUCAGUUAUCCCUCUUUUAUUUCUGUUAUUAUUUUAGAGAAGCAUUUAGCUUUUCUGCAUCCCAGGAUUGACGGAAAUAUCUCUUCAGUUCUUAUGUAACCUACCUCAGAUUCCCAGAACGUCAACCUGCUUAUGACAGUGUAAACAGGAAUACACUAAUGUAAAUGUUUAGCUGUGUACUGUAAAAUACUGGCAUAAGAAGCCUCCAAUUGCAGGCUCUAAAUUUCAUACGUGUUCGUGAAUACAUAAGGGUGAUAAACGCAUGCACUGUAACUUGGAAACAUUUCAGUAUCACAUUCUUUUGUCAGUGUAAAAUGAGAAGGUUAUUCUAAUCCACAGUGUGCAAAUAAUGUGAUAUAUUUAGCUUCGGUGCCCUCGUUUCUGAUGUGAAGUAAGCAACAUAAAACAAUCUGUAAAUGCGCACAUAAUCAUUCAAUAAAAAUAGCCUUUUA